CACCCCGAGCUACAGGAGAAAGAGAAAGUAGCGCUUUACAAUGACAACCAUGAUAGGAAGAGAGGAUGGCUCUGAGGAAAAGCCCAAAGUCAAGAUGCUGGCUCCAUCAUUUGGGAUCGAAAAGUCACGAUUUCAUGGAUCUGGGUUUAGGUCUAAAGGCUUUGCCAUCACCGACCUACUGGGUCUUGAAACGGAUCUCCAGCCUCGCCCAUCCGGACCUCAUGGAGUAGGAGGAAACGGGGAUAUUCAGAGCACUGGGAUGGGAUUCCCUUUCGCUGGAGGAUCCUUGCCGCUUGGUCUUGGGUUUCUGUGCAGUUUGGCGGCUCAGCAACCUGCGGGGGCCCCCUGCUUCCUACCGAGUCACAUACCCCUCCUUCAGUCCAGAACCGAGAGCCAUUUCAUGCAGAACUUGGAGCAACAAAGAGACCCCUACUCUGGUACAAGCUCACUUAAAAUCGUUGACUUUAUAUAUUUUAGGGAAGCUGUCCACUUCGCAUGUAUUCUCGGGGGGUGCUGAAAUCGGCACUUCUUCAUGUAGCUCAAUUUAUUUCAAAUUUGAUUGCGAUCAAGGUUGAUUUAGCGCGAUACUAAUAUGGGAUCUGUUAUUUUGGAUAACAUUCCAACAUGUAAUUUUUGAGAGAUACAGUUAUAUUCGAUUAGUCUAUAUCCCAUUUAUAAGCUCUCCAUGUAUUACCUUUUUCAGCACAAUUUUCAUUUAACAUUUAUUCGUUUGAUUUUGGAUAGAUCCUUUUGUCUCUAAUAUAUGUUUUCCUUUUCUUUUCAGAUGACGAAUGUCUCUCUGGUGAUCGAAACGAUUCGAAAAACACAGGGAACUCACAGAAGAGAAAGAAAAGGAGGCACAGGUUGGUAUUACGCAUUAUGCUCCAGAGCAAAAAAAUAGACAUUGAGUAGGCUAUUACAUUAAACUAGUACAAUGAAUGCAUUUGGGAUGCCUGCUUUAUUAAUGCUUCCCAUUAAAAAAAUAAUAAUUUACAGAACCGUGUUCACUUCGCAUCAACUGGAGGAGCUCGAAAAGGCAUUCCAUGAAGCACAUUACCCAGACGUAUAUGCCAGGGAAAUGUUAGCAAUGAAGACAGAAUUGCCCGAGGACAGAAUACAGGUAGGCGUAUAAAAAAAUGUAGGCUACUACAAAGCUAUAACGGACAUGUAGGCCUACAAUGGCCUUAUUGAUGGUUUAAUCAGGAAAGUUUUGCAAAGAUCUAACAUUUUGUGCCUAUUUUUCAGGUAUGGUUCCAGAAUCGUCGGGCCAAGUGGAGGAAACGUGAAAAGUGCUGGGGACGCAGCAGUGUGAUGGCAGAGUAUGGGCUCUACGGUGCCAUGGUCCGCCACUCCAUCCCACUGCCAGAAUCAAUCAUCAACUCCGCCAAGAGCGGGAUGAUGGGCUCCUGUGCUCCCUGGCUUCUAGGUGAGCCAGCAGGUUGUUUGCUUUAUUAAUAAUAUAAGACUCAAAUAUGUAUUUAAUCCCUUGAAUACAUAGCUGAGAUGUGUUUUGUAACUGUACAAUGUUUGAAAUAGGCCUACAUGUAGCCUACAUAUUUCAUUAAGUUAACAUAAACAUAACAUAGACAUAAUAACGAUGAAGUAUGAAAAUGUAUGCACUCACUAACUUUAAGUCGCUCUGGAUAAGAGCGUCUGCUAAAUGACUAAAAUGUAAAUGUAAGUAGGCCUAAAUGUUACAUUUUCGUUUACCAAUAGGGAUAACCUCUACUUACUUGGCUUUAUUUUCCUAUAGGUUACGUGUACGCUGACACUAAUUGUUUUUCAUUUUUAUCACUUUACGCAGGAAUGCACAAGAAGUCCAUGGAGAUAGUAAAGAAAUCCCCAGGUACGCCAGAGUCUACCCACUCGGAUACUUACUCGGAGGAAACUAAAGAGAAAGACAGCGACAUGUCCUGGCCCAACCGCGCUAGUGCUGUCGACGACAGUGAGGACAUGGCAAUAGACCUAUCCAGCACCUCCAAGCAGGACAGCAACAAGAGCACUUUGAAAUCAUCGUCGCUGCAGAGGGAUCUCAUUCCCAACAGUGAUUCAGACGAUGAGAGCUAAAUAGAUGUCAAUCCCCGUUGCAGACAGUGAGCUCGGACAUUUGCGUGGAAAUGAUGCUCACCUCGAAGACAAUUCCCACUGGGCACAGACGUCAAGGCAACGUCUAUUCCACCUCGGUUCAACGUAAUUUCAUUGAAUGACGUGGAAACAACGUUGAUU